AUGGACAAAGAAGUGGCGGCAUCGUCCUAUGUCAACGUGGACCCAGUAGAAGAAGCCAACAAGGAAUCGGUGAUCGCUCAUAUCGAUGCGCCUCCUACCAACACUGUGACCUCGGCCGAGAAACGACUCCUGCGAAAGAUCGACUGGCGGGUCUUGCCCAUCCCUAUCCUGCUAGUAGGCUUGUCAUCGAUUGACCGAACCAACAUUGCCUCUGCCAGGGUUGCAGGGAUGGCAACAGAUCUUGACUUGGGCGGAAACCGGUACAAUGUCGCCGUUUCUGUCUUCUUCGUUUUCUACGCACUGUCCGAGCUACCGAGUAACCUCAUCCUCCGGCCGAUCGGCGUCGUCCCAUACUUAUCGUUCCUCAUCUGUGCAUGGGGCGCUGUCGCCAUGAGUCUUGGGUUUGUGCAGAAUUUCGUCCAACUCACCGUUUUGCGUCUUCUACUGGGUCUUUUUGAGGGCGGACUUAAUCCUGCUUGCGUCUAUCUGAUCUCCUCGUGGUACAGGCGUUACGAGACGCACACGAGGAUCGCAAUCUGGUACACGCUCGCCAGCACGCUCGCCGGAUUCGCCGGCGUCAUUUCGUACGGGUUCAGUAAAAUGGAGGCAGUCGGGGGACUUCGGGGAUGGCGCUGGAUCUUCAUUAUGCCAGGCCUGAUUACGAUCGCAUGUGUUGUCCUCGUUUACUUAUUCGUUUCCGAAUUCCCCGAGAAGGCCAAGUGGCUGAAACCGGAAGAACUCGCCCUCGUGCGACAACGGCUCCGAGAAGACCGCGCGGAAGAACUCGACAACAAGACGACCUUGAGAGAGUCACUAGCCCCAUUGAAAGACUGGCGGAUCUGGGCCAUGUCUAUGUUAUACUUCUACCCGGCCGCGGGAUACUACGCUCUGACUUUCUUCAUGCCAUCCAUCCUCAGCGCCUUCGGGUUUUCUGUUGCUCUGACCCAGAUUCUCCAGACUCCACCCUACGUACUCGCAGCCACCUGCUCUGUCGCGACGGGCUACUACGCUGACAAGAUCCACCGACGGUCACCGUUCAUGCUUGGCCAUGCGAUCGUGACCAUCGUCGGUUUCCUCCUGAUGGGUUGGGGUCCGAACACGGGCGGCAAACUCACCGGCGUAUUCUUCUCCAUGACCGGAAUUCAAUGCAUUAUCCCGACCGUUCUUACCUUUAUGUCCAACAACAUCGUCUCGGUCAAGGCUCGAAAAGUGGGUAUCGCCAUGCAGAUCGUGGUAGGAGCCGUGGGUGGCAUCGUCGGCUCCCAGAUCUUUCGAGUACAAGACGCCCCUAAAUAUAGGCCCGGCAUGUACGCCGCAUUCGCCCUCAUGGGGGUAUUCAUGAUCAACGUGGUCGGCAUCACUGAGUACUUCCGGCGUCAGAACAAAAAGGCAGAUCAGGAGGGUCUGAUUAUCGAUGGAGUGGAGGGAUUUCGAUACACACUGUAG